AUGGAAUUGUGGCAAGUUAAGAAGAUCAAUAUUAUUUUUUUUGAUAUGCACAUUUCCUAAUCAUAUAUCUAAAAAGAUGAGAAUAUUUUUGAUUUUUUUCAUAUCCCAAUAUCAAUAAUCGAGGACUUACGAAGAAAAUCAGAUAAUUAAUUUACUUAUGGAAGUAAUGAGGUAUAGACAAACAAAAGAGAAAAGGCUAAACUAAGAAAUAUAUAACCCAAAAUAAUGGAGUGCUUGUUAUUUGCUUAAAUGUUUCUAUAGGAAUUUCGGAUUGUUAACGUUAUAUCAAUUACCUUAAUGUAGUGGUUAAAAAAGAAAUUUAAAGAAUAAUAGCCAGAGGUAAGAAGAUAUGACAAUAAUUUUUAAUAGAUAUAGAAUUAUAAUAAGAGAGAACCAAUAAUGUAAAAUAACAUAAUAAAAUUACCCUUUUAGAGAUUUAAUAAACCUGGAGUUAAUUUCAAGUUUUAAAAUUAUCAUCAAGCUUUAUGUAUAAAAGUUAAAUUUUAUUUUAUCUUAAAUUUUGUUAAAUUUUAUUUUAAGUUGA